AUGCCUCUGACCCUCCUCACCACAAUCAACAGUCACCAAACCUCUGUCCACUGUCCUCAACACUCUCCUCUAUCUCGUCUCUGCUUGUCCAUCAUCUCAUUCCUUCUGACACUGUCCUCUGUCCUCUCUCCUCAUCCCUCUGUGUCCACUGUCUCUGUCUCUCUCCUCCUGUCCUCUGUAUACUCUUCCAUCAGUCUCUCACUCAGUCCUCUCUCCUACUGUUUCUGUCCUCACUCUCUCUCCUCUACCUCAGUCAACACCACUGUCCACUUCCUCUGUCUAGUCCUCUACACUUGUACCCUGACUUCACCCACUCCUCCUGUCCUCUCUCCACGACCUCUCCUUCCUCAGUCCACAUACCUUGUCCUCUGUCCACUGUACUUCACCUCUGUCCAUUGA